AUGAGGAAGGAAGAGACUGUGAAACUAAUCAGCGCCGAGGGCUUCGAGUUCGUGAUCCACAAAGACGCCGCCAUGGUCUCUCAGACCAUCCGAAACAUGCUCACUUCUCCAGGGAGUUUUGCUGAAACGGAACACGGCGAGGUGACGUUCCCUGAGAUCAGCACCACCAUUCUUGAGAAGAUCUGCAAGUAUUUUUACUGGAACCUUCAAUAUGCAAGUGGGAAGCAGACUGAGUUUCAUAUUGAACCUGAAUUGGUUCUGGAGUUGAUGAUGGCAGCCAAUUAUCUCCAUACAUGA